AUGUAUAACGAGAAUUCUAGAGGCCAAUCCCCAGCCCAAGCAGAAGCCAAUUACUUGAAUCGCGCAAAAUGGCUGGAGCUCUACGGCGUCGACAUGCAUACUGUAGAGGGCAAGGAUGGAAAUCAGUAUUCCCUUGGCUUGACACCUUCCGGUAUGCUCGUUUUCGACGGGAAAGAGAAGAUUGGGCUUUUUUCAUGGGAAAAAAUUCAAAAGCUUGACUUCAAGAACCGCAAAAUUACGCUCGUCGUUGAGGAGGAUGCCGAUAAAUCAGCGACCGGACAGGUCCAGCUGCACACAUUUGUGUUUAACUUAACGUCCCAUAAAGCCUGUAAACAUCUUUGGAAAUGUGCUAUCGAACACCAUACGUUCUUCCGGCUCAAAACCCGAUCCUGUGUCAAGCAUUCUCGUUCUCAGCUAUUCCGCUUAGGAAGCACCUUUAAGUACCGAGGUCGUACUGAGUACGAGACCGUCCACAAGGAUGGUGCACGUCUGUCACGAAGAGCAACGGCUACCUUUGAGAGAAGGCCGAGCCAGCGAUAUGGUCCUCGACAAAGCCAUGCACAACAGCGCAAAUCAGAGCCAGUACGUGAAACCGUGAGUAAUUGUUGUAAUCUACUGUAG